AUGUCCUCGUCUUCCUCCCCUUCCGACCUGCGGGUUCUCUGCAGAAAGCUCAGUUCCAUCCCACCAGCUCAGCUCCCCCACGCGCUGCCUGCCCUCACGAGGCUCGUCGUCCAAUGUAGGGAUGCUCUCUCGGCGCCGCAGGAUCAAAAGCCCAAGGAUGGUGCGCCCCACGGUGCCAUGCUUGUGAACAAGCUGAAAACUAGUAUUCUUGCCCUUUUGAAUGGACGUAGUCGAGAGGCUAGGUUUGCCGCCGUCGGCUUGAUCAAGGUCUUGGUUGAUGUCGGCGGCUGGGAAAUCCUCCGCGCUUCCGAGCCUUGGGUGAGGGGGCUGCUGUCCAUCGUCCAGAAGGGUGAUUUGUUCGCGGCCAAGGAGAUCGCUGUCGUCACUCUGACUCGGAUUUACCUGCUGCUUCACCCGUAUCAGACCCUGGUCAGAGAGAUUGCCACUCCCACCAUUCCGGAAUUCAUCAAAGCUUGCCUCCAGCUCAUCAAAAAUCGCACUUCUACGCCCACUUCUACCACCCCAUUGGCAUUUGUCGAGGCAUGCUCCCAAGCAUUCUCGAUCCUCAUCCCCAGCUAUCCCACCAUCUUUCGCCCGUUUAGCGCCGAUAUCCGAUCCGCAGUGAGAAUCUACCUGGCACCAACGAGCUCAGAUGACAUCUUUGUCCCCCAUUCGCUACAGGAAUCUUCUAGACGACUCACCAUCUCCAUCCAUCAUGUGGCAGCCAAAUCCGGCGGCGGCGAGGAGUGGGCGAAGCUCGUCGAUGCUGUCCUGAAGGACCUUCAUGUAACCGCCGACCAAGUCUUGCGGGCAGUAGACGAGUCCUGGCAGGCCUCUGGGGGAUACGGUAAAACCAAUGUCAACUUGGACCAAGAGCCAAGCGGCGGCGGUGCGGCUGCGAACGAACUACCUCCCUGGACCGGGCUGAGUGCUGGUUCCGAGAGGUUGAUCGCCCUCUUCCACUACCUAUCCGACUGCCUGAAAUGCCCAACUAAGGGCCCCGUAAGCUUACCCAUCAGUGCCCUUGUGGACGCCAUCUCUCGCGUCUGCUUCAUCGCGAGACUGUCGCCCAAAUCCCAAUCGUGGGACCAGGCGCUCGAGAUGAACGCUGCUGUUGGCAGAGAGGAGAAGGAAGAGCUCUGGAGUUUAAUGCCCGAGAUUCAUCUCUCGGCCAUGAACUUGAUGCUCACCAUGUUCCGGAGACUUGGUGAGGGGAUGCUGCCUGUCGUUCCCGAUGUGCUUGAUCACCUCGUCCGCGUCUUCAAGUCCGGUAUGAAUAUUCCUGCAGUUCGGACGGCCGGGUACCUCGUCCUGGACCAGCUGCUGUCUACCGCCGGACCGACGUUGUCCAAGGCAAGGGUGACCAUGCUCGAGCCCCUCAUCGCAGCAUGCUGUCGCGACCUUCAGCAGGAUGCCGGUUUCCUCCAGCCCGUCAACAAAGUUGCCGCGACGUCGAAAAAAGACACGAAAAAUAUGAUUGCCAACGCAGACCUGUUCCUCCAACCGCAGGCCUCCGCUGCAGAGGAUGCUUUCUCUCUCGAUCGCCAUCACAAAGUGGCGGCGGACGCUCUCCUCUCAACUCUCCUUUCGAGCCUGCGGCAGCAGCUCCUAAAGCCCACGUUGCGCGGCCUCCUCGACAAAACGGCGAUUCUUACGCGAAAUCGCGACGCCAUGUUUUCCAGCGUGCUCAACCCCUACAAGGAUCAGCGUGGCCGCAUGUAUCCGAGCAUCUUGCCUCAUCUGUCCCGGCAGUUUCCUGAGGCCCAAGGCCUGGAAAUUUUGCGGACUAACAUGCGCCCCAAUGGCGUCCUCGGGGGCGAUCAAAUGGUUGCUUCGCUCAAUGAGAUGGAGGACGAGUACACAGAGGAUAUUGACGAGGAAGCGGCUGACGGGGUGAAUGGCGACGGCGACAUUGACAUGCAAGAGUCGUCCAACGAUAUCAAUUUGCCGCAGGGUUUACCAGUCGCUCCGCAAGCCGACGCGGAGAUGCCCCUGCAAAGCAACCCAUUCGAGGCCAAGGUGGCUAAUGCAUCGGCGAGCACGGAUUCUCUACCCAAGCGCAAGCAUGAGGGCUCAAGCCCAAACCCACCCAAACGACAGGAUGUUGAGAACAAGGCUUCGAUCACGGGGACCAGUAUGGCUUCAAUGCCACCACCACCUGCGAACGAGGACGAGGAAGGCGAUGACAGUGACGUUAGUGUGCAUUUGAACAUGGAGUUGGACGAUGACGACGAGCUCGAGGAAGACGAAUAG